UUAAUUUACUAUCAAUUGAAUUAAAAUGAACCCAUUGCGACACUGUUAUAAGGUUGUUUUGAAGUUCCAUAUACUUUGACUUCUGACGGGACAAUUAAAAAAAAUAUUGACAGCAACCAAAUUCCAAAUUGACAAGUGAAUGAAAAUGAAAACUUAAAUCAAAGUAAAAUGAAAACAAGAUUAUAACAUAGUGUGUAAAAUAAGUUAUAAUAACCAAUGUUAUUGUUAAAGGUGCGCUUUGGGACUAAAAGUUACACAAAACCUUUGUUUCUUUGUUAUGUGAAUAAGGUUAUAUUAUGACUCAAGGUGGUUCCGUGUUGAGAUGAUAUGAGGUUUUCGACUUGCAUGUAACGUGCUUGCCUUUUAUGGGUUGAGAAAGGUUUGAUGCCGUGCUAGGGUCAGUUCAUAUUCGUAUUCCAAGAUGAGUGACCGCCAGGGACCGAGUGGCUCAGGCCAAAAGGGAGACAAAGAUGAAAAAUUUACCCGGACCCCAUCACAACCAAUGCCCACUGGUUCCAGAUCAAGUUACUAUCCAAAUGAGCCUAUUCAGUUCCGAGUUAGAGGAUCUACAAUAACUGGUGCAUCUCCUCCAAAGUUUGUGACCCUUGAGGAUAUAAUGAAAGCAGCACACGGGAUGCAGAACAUGGCCCUUGCUCAUGAUAUUGCUGUGGAUCAGGACUUCAAGCUGGAACCAUUUGAACCACCAGACAAUAGUUAUCAAAAGCUGGUUAAGGAAACAAUGCACAAAGCAUACUUUGACAUAUUGAGGGAGCAAUUGAACUCAGAUCCACCUGAAUAUAAGCAAGCGCUUGUCUUGCUUCAAGAUGUAAAGCAGGGAUUAUUUUCAAUACUUCUGCCACGACACAAAAGAAUACGUGAAAUGAUUGAAGAAGUAUUGGACCAUGACUUUAUAAAACAGCAAGCUGAGAACAAUAGUCUCGACUUCCACAAGUAUGCCAACUUUGUUGUGGAUCUGAUGGCGAAACUGGCUGCGCCCGCACGAGAUGAAAUGAUUCAGGAUAUAACAAAGCUGACGGACACUGUAGAUAUAUUCCGAUCGAUUCUCGAGACAUUAGAAAUAUUAAAGCUGGACUUGGCAAACACAUUGAUAGCUAUGAUCCGACCGCACGUGCAGCAAGAGAGUGUGCAGUAUGAACGAUCUAAGUUUGACGAACUGCUAAAAGUUUCUGAAGAUGGGCUUCAAUAUACAAGAGAAUGGUUACAAAGGCAUAUAGACAAGACGGGUCUGACUAUACCGGUGACUGAUGCUAUAGUCAUAAGAAAUGUUACCGCACAGACUUUAGCUAAAGCAUAUUUAGAACUUUUGGAGUGGGACAGAACUAAAAAUUAUCCAGAGACGGUGUCACUAGAUGUAUCACGAUUUACGGAACUAGGUAUACAGGUGUACAAACUGAUCUGUACAGCGUCCAUACUAUUAGUGAGUCCGUCGUGUGGUAAUGAUCCCUCCAUAGCUACACAGAAGCAACAACUUAAAGAGAAAAUUAUCAUUAUACUGGAUAAUACAUCAAAUGAUAUUGAACUAAAAGCGAUAUUGCCAUCUGUGGCUGAAGAAAUCAUAUUGUUCACGGAGAAUCUUCUAGAAGGAUUGAAUCAAGCGGCCCUCAGCAGUGAUACUAAAGAACUUAUACAAUCACAGAUAUUAUCACUUUCCGACCCUGAGCAUAGAGUUAGACAGAUCGUCCGUCAAAGAAUGUUUGAGUUUCUGAAAGAGAUACUGGUGUGCGGCGGCGGGUCGCGACAGAUACCAGUGGGUCUGUCCGCCUUCACGCAGGAGUUGACCUCGGUGUCCGGCACUUUACUACGCUACGUCAUGCACAAUAAGGCCGUAUUCACCACAUAUUACCUCGAUAUCGUCGCUGAGGAAUUAAGUAAGAAUUAAGCUUUUUUUUAUUUAAUUUAACUAACUUAAGUUGUACUUGGAUUUAUAUGUUAAUAACCUCCAGAUUAACCCGAAAAAAUGAGUAAUUUGAUGGCACUUUUGAUUAAUUUUGGCUUAAUUGUGGAAUAAUUAUAUAUGCAAAAAAAUAUUAAGCUUUAAAUUACUUUAAUAAAUUGAUAACUGUCAGGUUAUUUAGGAAUCAGCGACAUUUUUAAUCAAAUUAAAUUUAGGCGGCAAACAUUUUUAUAAAUGUUGCCUUUAACAUGAAAAAGAAUGGAUGUCGCUAAUUUCUUAUAAAAAAAAAUAUUUUGUAUUUCACUACCAACUGUAUUAUGCAUUUUAGUUUUGUGCUAUUUUAAUAUUUACAAUUUUUUUCUUAUCAAUAAUGAGAUGUAAAUUAAAUUUCUUUAUAUUGUACUUUGGGACUAUAAAAUUGGAAUAAUCUGUUGUAAUAUUGGAUGAAAAAUUGUUUUUUUAAUAAGCUUAUUUAUAUCAAUUUAUCAAUCGCUAAGAUGUUAAAUUUGUUUCAAAUUUACACAACUGUAAAGCAAAGUUCUUACUUGCGUUUUUUCUUCGCGCGGAAAAACGCAAGU